AUGUAUAAAGUUUUGAAACAAAAUGGAGGAAAAAAAUUUUCUGUCUUUUUUUUGUCAUCAAAACUCGAAAUUAUUAAUAUCGUAUUAUCGCUAUGUAACUCGAAAACAUGCAACGGUAAAUUUGUUUCGGAGAACGAAUCGAAAUCGAAUGGAGAAAAUGAAUCGCAAAAUCAAAAUUCCAUCUCAUCCGAUUAUAAUUUGAGUCCUUCAAUCGUUCAAGAUCUGUUUGCUUCAACAAUCGAAAACACAACGCUUUUCUUUUCGGAAAACAGCGACGUCUUUUACAUCACCGGAAAUUCAAACGUCGACUUCACCGCAGCCGCCGCCGCCAUUCAAGAAAAAGAAAAAAAACAAACAAACAUCGAUUCGGGGAAGGUCGGAGUGGAAAAUGAUGAGGAAUGUUUCGAAUCGGUUACGGAGAGCACCGUGCAGGAAAAUUUACUCACGGAAAUCGUCUUGCCUCGUUCUCUUCCGAAACCGGAAAUGACAUCAGUCGACGAAAUAUUAAUGAAUGCCGCAAUGGAAUUAGAUCCGUGCGAUACGGACACGGACGAAGAAAGCGACGAUCCCGAAUGGAUGCCCAAAUCGAAAGUUUCCAUAUCGAAAAAGAUUUGCUCGAAAGGUUUCAAAAGUAGUUCGAGUCGGAGAGGAAGCGGCGGCUGCGGCGGGGGUAAUCAAGAUGACAGAAGACAACGUAAGAAAGAGCAAAAUAAAUGCGCGGCCACGAGAAGAAUUGAAAAGGGCAAAGGUCAAAUUGGAAGAAAAAGUAUUCGAAAUGAAAAACGAAAUAAAAUGCCUGAAAGGUUUAAUGCGAGAUUUGUUCAAAGCUAA